GUUGAGGCAUUUUAAGAAAAUUUUUAGACGGAUCGAGACUACUACCUUCAACCAUAAAUUGCAUUAUAUUUCAUUUUCAAUCUCUAAAAGAUCAGUUAACUUAGAAGAAAGAUAGACUAGAAAUAUACAAAAAUGGACAAUCGAGAUAAUUCACCGCUAAUGUACGAUUCAGUAACAAGUGAGGAAUAUGAAAAAUCUCCAAUGUCGGAGAGACCUGUUUCCAGUGUAUUUAAAGGGUUUGUUAAUAAAACAACUUGCCACGGAAUACCUCACGUUAACCUUGCGAGGGGAUAUAUUAAGAAAGCUAUAUGGCUGAUAUUUAGUUUGGGUAUGGCAGGAAUUCUUGCUUAUAACAUUCAAGACUUGGCAAAAGAUUACGCUUCUUUUGGAGUAGAUGUAAACGUAAAAAUCGAUCACAAACCGGAGUUAAAUUUUCCUGCUAUUACCUUGUGCAAUAUAAAUCCAAUCAAGGAGAAAGAAGUUAGUCGCAGUGAUGAUAUUAAAAUAUUAUUGGAAGCAACGGAUAGUAUAGACGAAACAACUACUUCUAAAAAACGUCGAAAGAGAUCUGCACGAGCUGGUCCUGUUCCUGCUCCUGCUCCUGCUCCAGCACCAGGCGCUGUUGGUCCAGCCAGUCCCGGUAGUCCUGCAGGUCCAGCUGGUCCUGGUUCUCCAGCCGGUCCGUCUAGCCCUGGUGCUCCUGGUGCUCCUGGAGGUCCUGGAGGUCCUGGUGGUCCUGGUGGUCCCCCUGGUCCUAGUACAAAACCAAAACCGGAACAACUUGGUGUAAAGCCUAGACCUAGAGAAGACGGAAAAGUGACAAACCAAGGCUUUGAACUAAAGAAGAGAAUUACAACUAUUUUAGCUGAUAUUCCUACUUCGGCUAAGACUGCUAUGGGUCAUCAACUUGAAGACAUGCUCUUAAGUUGUGAAUAUGCUGGAUAUGUUUGUAAUACUUCAGAUUUCGUUCACUUUUAUAAUAACAUACAUGGAAAUUGUUAUAUUUUCAACUCUGGAUGGGGAUCACUGGCCGUCGAAAAAUCCUAUAAACCUGGCCCACAAUAUGGUUUAACACUCGUCCUAAAUAUAGAGCAAGACGAUUAUAUUGGUGAUCUUGCCGAAUCUGCUGGUGUACGGGUGGUUAUUCAUAAUCAAACCAAAAUGGCUUUUCCCGAGGAUGAAGGAAUAUCAGUCAGCCCUGGUCAAUCAACGAGUAUAGGGAUAAGUAUGAUAAAAUUGAAACGACAAGGUGGAGUCUACGGAGAUUGCGUUGAUACUAGUAGUUUGAAUAAAGAUAAAAAUGUUUAUGAGGAACACUAUGACGUCAAGUAUAGCACAACAGCCUGUUAUAAGACAUGUCUUCAGUCCUGGACGAUAAAAAGGUGUAAAUGCGCCGACCCUCAGAUACCAUUGACUGGACAAGCUUUAAAUGAAGCGUGGAACACUUGGCCAGGUCUAAAUAAGACGGCAUGCGAUUCUACGAAUGAUACGACUGUUGCUUGCAAAGAGAAAGUUGAAACAGACUAUUCUAAUGGAGAGUUAAGUUGUAGUUGCCCAAAUAAAUGCUCAGAAAACACCUUUAGACCUAUAGUAUCCUCAAAUUUAUGGCCCUCUGACAAACAUAAGAAGGCUUUGUACAAAGAUUUACAAGAAUUGAAUAAUGGCACGAAGAAAAUCAUCAAUGAUUCGGACACAACCAAGCCCAGUAGAAAUUUCCUUAAAGUAUCAAUAUUUUAUACGGAAUUCAACUUUGAAAGUAUCGAGGAGGAACCGAAAUACUCUCCAAUACAAUUCUUAUCCGAUAUUGGAGGAGUAUUGGGUCUAUACUUGGGUUGUUCCGUGUUAACCAUACUGGAAUUUUUCGAACUGUUUUUGGACUUUGUUAUCGUGCUUUGUUUGAAAUGCUGCUCAAGGGGCACAAGAAUACAACGCAUAGGUAGUGGUGGAGGUUCUCCGGGACCUUCCUCGAAUGCUGUUGGACCUGUAAUGAUCACUCCUCCCCCACCGUAUUCAGGAAAAAAGAAUGUACCGCCGGUAGAUGUUAAAAUGUAUGAUCUCUAG